UUAUGCGCCAGUGCCCCAGUGACCGUGGGACACGGAGAGGGGAAGUCUGCGUUGUACAUAAGAACCUAGGGACUCCGAGCUUGGCCUGAGAACGCUUGGACGCCCAGUACUUGCCUUUGGGGCUGCGCUCCUCAAAUCUCCUCCAAAGCAGCCGCGGAGCUCAACUCCUGAGUACACCGCGGUUGGUUCGCUGUGCGCCAGGACGUGCUUAGUACCCGGUUCCUGAGCUCUAUCUUCAGCAGCUACUUUGAAAGCUCCCGCGCAUGCCCCGCAGGCUAGCUAGCCUGGGAACAAAAUCGGGCGAACCCUGUUCUCUUAGGUCUUGUCCCCCGGAACAUGACCUAGAGGUACCUGCGCACGCAGAUGGCCGAUGCAGCCCCGAUAGCCACCAUGAAUAAGGCAGCAGGCGGGGCCAGGCUAGCAGAACUCGUCAGUCUGGUCCCGGACCUUCUGGAGGCGGCCAACACGAGUGGUAACGCGUCGCUACAGCUUGCGGACUUGUGGUGGGAACUGGGGCUGGAGUUGCCGGGCGGCGAGGCGCCAGGACAUCCCCCGGGCGGCGGAGCAGAGAGCGCGGACAUCGAGGCCCGAGUGCGGAUCCUCAUCAGCGUGGUGUACUGGGUGGUGUGCGCCCUGGGGUUGGCAGGCAACCUGCUGGUGCUCUACCUGAUGAAGAACAAGCAGGGCUGGCGCAAGUCCUCUAUCAACCUCUUCGUCACCAACCUGGCGCUGACGGACUUUCAGUUUGUGCUCACCCUGCCUUUCUGGGCAGUGGAGAACGCACUUGACUUCAAAUGGCCCUUUGGCAAGGCCAUGUGUAAGAUCGUGUCCAUGGUGACGUCCAUGAACAUGUACGCCAGCGUCUUCUUUCUCACUGCCAUGAGUAUGGCGCGCUACCACUCUGUGGCCUCGGCUCUGAAGAGCCACAGGACCCGAGGACACGGCCGGGACGACUGCUGCGGCCGGAGCCUGGGGAACAGCUGCUGCGUCUCGGCCAAGGCGCUGUGCGUGUGGAUCUGGGCUUCAUCCGCGCUGGCCUCUCUGCCCAGUGCCGUUUUCUCCACCACGGUCAAGGUGAUGGGCGAAGAGCUGUGCCUGGUGCGCUUCCCGGACAAGUUUCUGGGCCGCGAUAGGCAGUUCUGGCUGGGCCUCUACCAUUCGCAAAAGGUGCUGCUGGGCUUCGUGCUGCCGCUGGCUAUCAUUAGCUUGUGCUACCUGCUGCUGGUGCGCUUCAUCUCCGACCGCCGCGUGGCGGGGACUGAAAGAGCGACCUCAGUAGCUGGCGGAGGCCCGGCCGGAGCCAGUGCCCGGAGACGGUCGAAAGUCACCAAGUCAGUGACCUUCGUUGUCCUGUCCUUCUUCCUGUGUUGGCUGCCCAAUCAGGCGCUCACCACCUGGAGCAUCCUCAUCAAGUUCAACGCGGUGCCCUUCAGCCAGGAGUAUUUCCUGUGCCAGGUAUACGCGUUCCCUGUGAGCGUGUGCCUGGCGCACUCCAACAGCUGCCUCAACCCCAUCCUCUACUGCCUCGUGCGCCGCGAGUUCCGCAAAGCGCUCAAGAGCCUGCUGUGGCGCAUCGCGUCUCCUUCACUCACCAGCAUGCGCCCCUUCACUGCCACUACCAAGCCAGAGCCCGAGGAUCAGGGGCUGCAGGCCCUGGCGCCGCUCCACGCGGCCGCGGAGCCGGACCUGCUCUACUACCCACCUGGCGUCGUGGUCUACAGCGGGGGCCGCUACGACCUGCUGCCCAGCAGCUCUGCCUACUGAGGUCCAGGGCGCGCUGUCGGGGCAAGGUGGCCUUCCCCCGGGCGGUGAAAGAGGUGAACAGAUUAAGGAAGGCUGCGUGGGGGGGGGGGGGCGGCAUUUAAGAGGUAGGUGGGAGGAGGAUGAGCAGAGUACGGAGGAGCAGCCUGUGUAUAGGCCGGAGAACCUUCUCUGGAGAAGGGAUGCUUUGAAAUCAGGUGGAGAGAGGAAACUGGCAAAGGGGCAGACACGAGCCCCACGGGCCGGACCUUCAACGUCGGUUCCGCACCCCACAGCCUCUUCUUACUCUGCCCACGCUGGGCAGUGUGGGGGCUCCCAGAAGCAGAGAAAAGCAGCAAAAAUGCAGAAAAAUUGGCACAGGGAGCAGGGCUUAGCCAAAUGAUGCGCAGACAGUUGUGCCCGUUUAUUCCAGCGACUUCUGCGGAGAGGGCAGCCGCUACCACAAACUCUCCUUUACUGCUUGGCUAAGGAGACUGCAGCAGCGCCAAGGUCCUGCUUGCUGCCGGGCUGCCCCAGGAAUCUUGAGUUGGGAGGCAAGAAACGUUUUUGGAGUUAAGAAAAAUUACUGCCCCUUCUGGUCGGUCCCCAGGACAAACGGCAAAGGAAAAUCACCUCCCAUGGAGUCAUUGUACCGAUUGUCAUUCCGGACUGGGCUAUCAGGAACAUGCUGAGCCGGACCUAGCUGCAAAGCCCGGAAGCGCAAACAUUAACAGGGGGAUAACACUUGUCAAGAGCUUGGGAGAGCGAUUCUCUGGGGAGGGGCAU